AUGGGCGGAGUUCGCGAAGAUUCGAAGACAAUGCUCAUUUGGAAUUCUUUGAGAUCACCCUCAAAAAUGAUGAGAUUUUCACCGUUUCCUUUUGUUUCAAUGCCACAUUUGAUCUAUAAUUCUUGGCUGAUAUCUAAUCUACAAAAUCAGCAACUUCAACUGCAUCAGAAAGUGAAUGUUUCAAAAAGUGAGGAAGAAAUCAUAUCAGUCACUAAAUUAUCACCGCCUCUACAAACAAAGAAAUUAUCGUCAUCAACAAAAACAAUAAAAAAGGAAAAACAAAAAAUUGAAGAGGUCAGUUCUGUGUUUCAAAUUGAAAAGGGAGUUUUUGAUUUUCAGACAAGUGCACAAAAAAUGAAACGCCGUGUAAAAUGCGAAUCAUGUUCAAAAUCAUUUUGUGAUAAAGGAGCUCUAAAAAUCCACACAUCGGCUGUUCAUUUAAGAGAAAUGCAUAUGUGUACUGUAAAUGGAUGUGGAAAACAAUUUUCGAGUCGAAGGAGUAGGUAAGAACACUUUCUUCAAAAAAAAAAACAAAAAAUCUGAAAUAAAAUGAGAAUGAGAAAAACAACAUUGUCAAAUCUAAUAACAAUCAAAAUAAAAUUUGAAUGUGUUUUUCUCGGAAGUAAAAUUCAAGUUUACAGAAAUCGUCAUUCGUCAAAUACAAAUCCAAAACUUCAUAUGCCAGAAUCUUUACCAACUUCACCAAAAUCACCAUUUUGGUCACCUGCUAAUUUUUUGAUAAUCUCUCCAAAAAACGAAAUGAAUAAAUAA